CCGACCGACCGCUUCCCCUUUAAAACCGCCCUCCCUCCUUCCCUCGUUUCCCUCCCAAGAACACUACCGAUUCACGAGAAUUGAAAGGAAACGAAACAAGGCAAAGCAAUAGAGAUUUGGGGAAGAGAAAGCGUACCAGGUGAAACGAACGAGAUGGUCUCCGGAUUCCGCCGCUCCGUUUCCCUGCCGGGAUCUACCCCGAGCGGCAGCCCCGCCGGACGCCGCUGCGAGAAGCCUCACCACCUGCGCUCCGCCAGCCUUCCCUGCCGCUCCCACCCCGCCAUCUCCCACCUCCUCGACCAGAUCCGCUCCUUGUCGGACUUGGGAAUUCGCUGUUCCCCCGCCUCCGGGCUCGACCGGAUCGAUCGCCUUCUAUCCGCCCUCGAUGACAUACUCCGCCUCCCGCAGGCACAGGAUCCCCUCCGCCGCGGCCCCGCCUGGGCAGACCGCCUCCUUGACGGUUUCCUCCGCCUUGCCGACGCCCACGGCUCCUUCCGCUCCGCUGUCGUCGCCCUCGAGCAGCACAAUGCGGAGGCCCGCGCCGCGAUCCGCCGCCGCGACCCCGUGCGGCUAGGCUCCGCUGCUCGGUCCCAUCGUCGGGCGGAGAAGGAGCUCAUCCGGCUCGCCACGGCCGUCAAGGAUCUCGCCAGAUGUCCGCCGCUCAUCUGCUCGGACGCGGCCGAGGCCGAGGUCGCCGGGAUCGUCGCGGAGGCGAUGGCGGCAACUGCGGCCACGUCGGCGGCGGUUUUCUUGGGGAUCGCGGCAGCCUCAUCGGCGGUGGCCGGAUCAAUGUCGAAGGGCUCAUGGACGGCGUGGCCGUCAAGGAGGCCAUCGAAGAAGGGAAGCGAGGAAGCGGAGAUGGCAGCGAUGGAGGAGUGCAUGGAGGGAUUGGAGGAAGGAAGCGGGAGGGUAUUCAGGAGUUCGGUGAACAUUAGAGUGGCGCUUCUCAACAUACUCACUCCCUCGCUGUAGAAUGUGGAGACAAAUGAGAGAUUUGUACAGUGAUGAUCAUAGAAGAAUUUUGAUUUUUAUUA